ACCCGCAUCCUGUUGUCGGGGCUCCCUCCCAUCGCGGCUCCGCUAUAAAACCCCUGGCCCGCACAAUCGCCGCAGCCCCGGCGGUCUCCCUGGUGCGCCUUCCUCGGCUUGGCGGCGUCUCGGCUCCCGCGCACGAUGCGGCUGCUGCCGGCGCUCCUGGCCCUCGCCACUGCCCGGACCCUGGCCCGCGCAGAGUCACACUGGUGCUACGAGAUCCAAGCCAAGGCCUCUGGGCACACCUGCUUGGGGCCAGCCGAGUGGGGCGGAGACUGCCAGAAGGACCACCAGUCCCCUGUUAACAUCAUCACCACCAAGGCACUGGUGGAUAAAGAUCUGGGACCCUUCUCCUUCUCUGGCUAUAACAAGAAGCGAAAGUGGACCAUCAAAAACAAUGGGCACUCAGUGAUGGUGUUGCUGGGGGAUGAGGCCAGGAUUGCUGAAGGAGGGCUGGCAGCCCAGUACCAGGCCCAGCAGCUGCAUCUGCACUGGUCUGAGCAGCUGGAUGAGGGCUCGGAGCACAGCCUCGAUGGACACCGCUCUGCCAUGGAGAUGCACAUAGUACAUGAGAAAGAGAAGGGGAUAUCGAGGAGUGAGAAAGCGAACCAGGACCCCAAAGACGAGAUUGCGGUGCUGGCCUUCCUGGUGGAGGAAGGACCCAAGAACGAUGGCUUCCAGCCCCUGGUAGAGGCUCUGUCUGAUAUCCCCAGACCUGAGAUGAGCACUGUGAUGAAAAAGAACAUCAGUCUGUUAGAUCUGCUCCCCAAGGAGGGGAAACUGAGGCACUACUUCCGCUACCUGGGCUCACUCACCACACCGGGCUGUGAGGAGAUGGUCAUCUGGACUGUGUUCAAAGAGCCCAUUCAGCUCCACAAGGACCAGAUCCUUGCAUUCUCCGAGAAGCUGUACUACGACAGUGAGCAGAAACUGAGAAUGACAGCCAACGUCAGGCCCCUGCAGCGCCUGGGGCAGCGCCAGGUGUUCAAGUCCCAGGCCCCAGGCCGGCUGCUACCCUUGCCCGCCCUGCUGGUCCCCACACUCACCUGCCUGAUGGCUGGCUUUCUCCUCUGAUAGCUCACUUCUGGACACUUGACCGUAGGCUUCCCAGCUAGGAUUUUGAUGAUUAAAUGUGUGUAUUUUUGGAGAAA